AUGGAAAAGAUACUAGAACGCUAUGAUCGCUAUUUGUACGCAGAUAAACAACUUGUUGGCCGAGACAUUUCACAGAGUGAAAAUUGGGUUCUUGAACAUGCUAAGCUCAAGGCAAGAGUUGAGGUACUUGAGAAGAACAAAAGGAAUUUUAUGGGGGAAGAUCUUGAAUCGUUGAGUUUAAAGGAGCUUCAAAGCUUGGAGCAUCAGCUCGAUACUGCUAUCAAGAGCAUUAGGUCAAGAAAGAACCAAGCUAUGUUUGAAUCCAUAUCAGCGCUCCAGAAGAAGGAUAAGGCCUUGCAAGAUCACAAUAAUACGCUUCUCAAGAAGAUUAAGGAGAAGGAGAAGAAAACGGGUCAUCAAGAAGAACAAUUAAUCCAAUGCUCCAACAAUUCCUCAAUUCUUCACCCCCAAUACUGUUUAUCCUCCUCCAGAGAUGGCUUUGUGGGAAGAGUUGGGGGAGAGAACGGUGGUGCAUCGUCGUUGACGCAACCAACCUCUCUUCUUCCCGCUUGGAUGUUACUCCCUACGACGAAUGAGUAG